AUGGGUUUACAGGCACUUAUGUUAUUCGCACUGAUCAGCUGCGCAGCCGCCGCUCCGUGGCGCUGCUACAGCACCUGCGACGGCAGCACAGUCUGCUUCGGCGAGGCCGGCCAGCCCUGCAUCAACCCUCCAGCCAUCUGCAUAGGCAGACCUUCACCACCCUGCACAGGAUCCGCCACAGUGUACACCCCCUGCCAGUGCCCCUGUCCCCCACCAUCGCCCCCGCCCCCGUGCCCGUGCCCCUGUCAGCCCCCAUGCCCAGACCCCUGCCCCCACCACCCCCCUGCCCUUGCUACUAAAAUCUGUAUAAACCAGAAAGUUUUGGAAGAUAAAUUCGGGAUUGGUCAACGGAAAGUACCCUAG